CUACUAUAGAUUUGAGGACGAGAUUCUUCAUCAGAGAAGACAAACGUAUUCUUGUUGUUCCUAAAUUGCGUGUUAGCAUCCGACGAGGCUGAAAUCUUCGCAGUGGGGAUACUUACUCUUCGGACGACAUAGCUAUUGUGGAUAUUGUGAGGUUGACUAUUCAAACAAAGGCGUUAAUAGUCGGGCUAUCGCAAUUGCCUUUAUAUACUUGUUCCGGUCGUUGGCAGUGCGGGGAUACGAGGCAGAGGCAGAGGCAGAUUGCUUUGAGAAAAAAGCCUUACUUUCCGACCGCUUACUUCACAUAUCUAAGGAACGAUGGCGAGGCGUUUUCUACGUUCUAGAUCCACCCCCCAGGACGACCCCGAAAGCGGGGGAAGCAGAGACAGUAGAAUGCUCGAAGAAUACAGGGCCGGGUAUCCCCGCUACACCGCGCUUCUGUCAUCAUAUCCCUCCUGGUUCAUAUUUCGCCGUUUCGAUAAGCUGCGAGCCCGACUUCUCUUGCUCAAGCAGGAUAAGCUGACGCAACUCGAGAAUCAGCUGGAAAGGAUCGACCAGCAGGAAACAUCCCCCCUUUUUCUUGGAGUGAGCCGGUCCGAUAGAAACGUAGACCGUCUAUCUACUCUAUUAGAGAUAGAGGCAGCCCUAAUUGAAUACGAUGAACUCGUCGAGAGAACCGGUCGGAUAUUAAGCCUACAGUUAGCAGAACAAAAAGAUACAAAGAGUCUACAAACCUGGGUGAAUGGGACAGGUCAGUUAGCCAAAAACGAGAUGUCAUACCUCUCCCAUCAAUGCGAGCUAGUCUCUCUGGUCUCUGUGGCAGACAGCGGAGUCCUACAGCUCGAAUCGUGGGUAGAAGAUAAGUUGAUUCGAUACUUAUCUAUCUUGCGGCCUAAAUUAUUUCGCGAUAUUUCCGCCGGACCGGAUGUAUAUAUACACAGAGGACCUUGGAUCCGACGUGCCGCGAACGCGGUGUUGAUUCUCUUAAUCAUCAUUCUCCUGAUGGUUCCGGUCGUGAUAUGCAAUGCAAUCAGUACCAUCUCGGUCCGAAUCAUCAUCAUUAUUCUGUUCACAGUCUCGUAUCUGUCUAUAAUCUCCUUUUUAACAAGGUCGAAGAUAAUAGAGUUGAUUCUCGCUGGGGCUACGUAUGCUACCGUUCUUAUUGUGUUUGUUUCUGGCUCUACCACAAUAGGAAGUUAGGAAAGUGCAGUUGGGAAUUCGACCAUGUUAAAUGUUGAAUUAAAUAGAGAAGAUUGCAAUCAUACCUAGGUAGGUACCUAUAUAGGUA